CAACGGAGGACGGACUGGAGGAGGGCUUCUUCUUCUUCUUCUAUCGGCGCUGGACGCGAGGGAAUCAAAGAGAGCACCUGGGCGCACAGCUGACGGCGAACGGAGAGCCCUCGCAGUACAGUGACGCUUCGCAAACGGGAAGCUGAAUUCGGUUCUCUGCUCCCAAUCGAUUGGAUCUCUCCUAAUUUCCGCCGGCUGUAGGGUUUUUCCCGUACAGCCGGUUAUAGGAUAAAAUUUGCGGUAUAGUUCUGGAUUUCAGUGUUCUGAUUUUGCCUUCUAGCCAUGGAAUCCAAUGGAGUAGAAGCAUCACAAAUCCUCGGAGAACUCGAUUCACUUAAGGCAGACAAGCUACGAAUCGAGCGACGGAUCUCAGUUCUUGAAGAUCAACUUCGUCGGCUCAGCGCAAACGAUCAAACCAGCCUAAACUUCGUCGUCCGUCAUGCUCCAUUAUCUAAUGGAAGGUCAAGCUCCGGUCAUGGUUUGUCUCCUGAUGAUAUUCAUAGAUACAGUCGUCACUUGUUGCUUUCUUCAUUCGGCAUCAAAGGUCAGGCAAAUCUAUUGAAGUCUUCAAUUUUAGUUAUUGGGGCUGGAGGCUUAGGAUCACCUGCUCUGCUCUAUCUUGCAGCUUCUGGUGUUGGUCGAAUCGGCAUUGUCGAUCAUGAUGUUGUUGAGCUUACUAAUCUACAAAGACAGAUAAUACAUACUGAAGUAAAUGUUGGAUGCUCAAAGGUGGAGUCUGCUGCUGCUGCUUGCCGCGCGAUUAACUCUUCCAUUCAGAUUGUUGAACACAAAGAAGCAUUCCGUACAUCCAAUGCUUUGAAGAUCGCAAGCCAAUAUGACAUUGUCAUAGAUGGAACAGAUAAUGCUCCUAGUCGCUACAUGAUCAAUGAUUGCUGUGUCGUGUUGGGAAAGCCUCUUAUAUCCGGAGCUGCAAUUGGUCUAGAAGGCCAGUUGACAGUAUACAAUUACAAUGGAGGUCCAUGUUAUAGGUGUCUGUUUCCAACCCCACCCCCCACAACUGCAUGCCAGAGGUGCUCAGACAAUGGUGUAUUAGGUGUAGUUCCUGGAGUUAUUGGAUGCCUUCAAGCCCUAGAGGCUAUAAAAGUUGCAAGUGAGAUUGGUGAACCACUCUCUGAGCGGAUGCUUCUGUUCGAUGCCCUGUCAGGACGAAUACGUAUGGUGAAGAUUCGAGGAAGAUCAUUGCAAUGUAAAGCUUGUGGUGACAGUGAACCACUGACAAAACAGCAAUUUGAAGAUUUUGACUAUGAAAAAUUUACUCAAUCGCCAAUUAUUACGGGUCCAUUGAAGCUGAAUCUUCUUCCACCAGAAGCUAGAAUCAGCUGCAGCGAGUACAGGGAGAAAAUUUCAAAAGGCGAAGCCCAUGUAUUACUAGAUGUACGCCCGGCACACCAUUACAAGAUUGCCUCACUUCCCAACUCCAUAAACAUCCCACUCCCCGAUUUGGAGGAUCGGCUUGCUGAGCUUUCUGAAAUGCUACGUGGUGAUGAUAAUAAGGAAGAGGGCAGUCAAGAAUCAUGUGUCUCUCUUUAUGUCCUUUGCAGAAGAGGCAAUGAUUCACAGAGGGCUGUUGAAUGCCUCCACAGGGCAGGCUUCUCUUCGGCAAAGGACAUAAUAGGCGGCCUUGCGGCGUGGACCCAGGAGGUGGAUCCUCAGUUCCCAUCAUACUGGUAAUAAAAUCACAUCAUAUUGUUAUGGAGAAAUGAUUUUAGUCUAAUUUAUUACUGAUGUCCGUUCGUAAAAUUGACUGUUCCUACCCCUAACCCUCCGGUGAACCCCCACUUCGGCCCGAACUGGCUCCCACCCCUGUCAAUUCACCACAAAUUUAGUUGACUUUGGAGUGAAAAAUUAUUCAUUCCGAAAUCAACUUUGGAAAGGGGAAAAUGACUUUGGAAAGUCAUUUUCCCCUUUCUUGAUCUUUGGCAAAGACAAAAAAGUGAAGUCAACAGGAAAAUCAACAUGAAAAUGGAGGCACAAAUCGUGAUUUUGUCUUCAGGAAAAUUCGAUCCGGUGUUGCUAGAGGUGCAAAGGAAUGAAAGGAUGCCAUUUUUGCCGGCGACAACGAUGGAAACAUAGUCUAUCAAAUGAUGUUUGGUUAAAUUUUGAUUUUCUUCCGAGACCGUCAAAGAUUUGAUUUUCUUCAAAUGUUUGGUUCUUAUUUUCUUCAGUGAUUCUAUCGUGGGCAUGUCUAAUUUUUGGUAAUGAAUUGAUUAAUUUUGU